AUGGAGCUUGAAAAAGUGUUAAAAAAGUAUGAUUAUGUCCAUGCUACUGAAGACACUGAAGAGGCUUUGAUAGACAUACUUUUUCGCAAUAGAAGUGAUUUCGAGGAUGCAGGAAAUUUGCAAAAUAUUCGAAAAUGUGUGGCCGUCCUUCAGGAGAAGAUUUGUGUAAAAGGAUACCCAGUAGAUGGGACUCCAGGCUAUGAUAUGGCUUUUCGUUCCCUUGAAGUCAUCAAGGAUGUUAUGAAUGAUUGUGUGGACAAUCGUAGAGUAAAAAUGGAAGAUUGUCAGAAAAUGCUGUUCGACUUCCUGUUGGCAAGCAUACGUACAGGACCGGGAUCCACCCACAUGGAGCUUAUACCAAAAAUCCUGAAUAUCCAAGACCUGAAGGAGUGCAUACAAGAAAUGAAAGGAAAUGACUUGACAAAAAUCAUGUCUGCUCUGAAGGAUGUCUCACACACAUCGGAGGAACCCAAGGUGCCCGUGGCGGACCAGGCUAGUGCCUGGGACGACCGCAUCUGUGAAAUUUUAGAUAUGUUAAGUGGAAAUGACAAUGUCAACAAGCCUGACUUUCAGGAUCAGCUGCUGGAUUUGUACAUGUUCUAUUACCUCAGGAUGACUGACCUGCCUGUGGAAUAUAACAUGGCCCUAAAGAGAGUUAUGUUCAAAAUACAGGAAUUCUACAGAGACAAUUAUGACACCAAUCCAUACAAGGCACUGAAGAAUAAAGACAUUCUUCAAAAGCACAUGAAAACUUUACAAGGAGUGAUUGUUAAUGACAAGUUUGGGAGAAGCGAACACCAACUGGACAUGACAAAUAACAUCAUGAAGCUCCUACUCGGCAGCAUUAGGGAUAAUGUAAAAGAAUUUAUAGAUAUUUGGGAUGCUGUACUAGAUUUUAUGAAAAAUUUGACCCUUUCAAAGAAAUCUGCUGAGUUUCCUAAGAUAAUGGAGCCAUUUGGUUGGUAUUUCCUUGACGAGAUGCCAGAAAAUUACUUUAAGGAACAUCCUCAGGUUGUCGACAAAUGGGCAACUGUGUUUAGUGAGAUACUUCUAAAGGGUCCGUCAGCGAAAUCCCUAGAAAGUUGGGCCUACAGGAUGGCAGACACUGUACAGGAAAGGGCUGUAUUGAAGAAAGAAUCUGCUGUCGUGUGGUUCCCGAUCGUGAAGGGUUUCCUCAGAUGUGGGCAGAAGGAUAGUGCACAGAUUGCAGUUAAAAUCUUGGAGGAAGGAAAAUUCAAGAGAAUCUGGACAUGGAAGAAAAAUUACCAAGAAGCAUCAGAAAUGAUUGAAAUUAUCAGCAAAGUGGACUUUCCGACCGAUGGGAAUGAGAAUGACAGACAAUUGAUGAAGUCUUACGGAGAUUGCAUCAGAACUCUUCUGGAUCAACUCACGAUGGCCAAAGUUGCAGACAAAGCUGUGGGAAGUGUAGCGAAAUUUGUCGUAAAUAUUAUGGCAAUGAGGUCAGAGGCCCUCAAUGAGUUCGUUGAGGGAUUCGCUGACAGCAUUUCACUACAGAGCAAUCAUGAAGUAAUCCCUGAGGUGAUCAAGAAAUUUUCCACAAUUUAUAUGGAUGCAGACUACCCAUGGGACGACAGGGAUACACAAAGAUGUGGUCAGACAAUUAUCGAUAGUGUCAUCAAUGCCUACAAAUCAGGGAAGGACAUGCCGGAUGAUGUGGUGGACACACUGGUCCAGAUGAUGCUUUACACCAUGGAAACUGAAGAUCUGGAUUAUACAGAUGUUGUCCACGGUACAAUCACAAUUUAUGGCUGUACUGCAACAUCUAGUCUGAUAACUUUUUUAAACAAACAUAUGGGCAGUGACAGUCCCGAAAGAGUUUUGGGGCCAAUGAUGCCAGCCAUCGUAAAACAGUUAAGCCAUGAAGAAGAGGAUCUACGGAAUGCAGCUCGCAGUAUAAUGUCCCUGAUGAGCUCGCAAGCACCUACUGCGAUCCUCCCUCAUAUCGAGGCCCUCAUUCAGUGGUAUAAGACAACUAGUGCUGUUGAUGCUUUGUCUGCGAUUUGGCAACCAUAUAAAAAAGGUGAUGGGAUCUCUAAAGAAGAUUUUGACGAUUUGAUAAAAGCUAUGAAUGGAGACAGAGAUACAGACCACGGAGCCAUGCAAUCUGUCAUGUUAAUGGAGAUGGGUGAAAAACAACCAGAGCAAUUUACACAAGAGCAUGUUGACAUGAUGCUCACUGAGAGAUUCGUGGAUAAUAACGACAACCAGUACAGAAUAUUGCUAGCUUUGGGUGGAGCCAUUCAGAAACAGCCACAAUUUUUCGGAAAAAAUGCCCUCGACCAUGUCCUGAGGAAUCCAAAGUUGAAUGUAACCUUUAUCACGGCUAUCCAGCCUAUCGGGGUCAGCCUUGCCCAUCAUCACCCGGAACUUGUGGAGGAUGUUCUGACAGAGUUCGUGAACCUCUCGAAAAAGUGUGACAAUCCCCUUUACCAAUUCCCCCUGGUUGACAGUAUUCAUACAAUUGGAACACAGCACGGGAUCGAACGACUCAAACCACAUCGCCCGUACAUCGAAGAAUUACAGAGUAAAGCCACUACUGCUACAGUCAAAGACAAGGCCACUUCUAUUCUUAAUGAAAUGGAUGGUAUCAGUGUGGAAGGCAUAGUGAAGGAUGUUGAACACCAGAAGGGAGAUAUAAAUGUCCUCAACACCAAGGUUACUGAAACAACGGCUAAAGUUGAUGUGGUUGAUAAGAAAGUUGACAAGCAGGAAAAGGAAAUUGUUACGGUCAAAACUGGACUUAAAGCUACCAAUAAACGUGUGGAUACUGUAGAAAAAGAUCUGGAUGAAACAAAAAUCAAGGUUGAGAAGGUUGACAACAAGACAAUGACCAACGCCCCUAAAUGGUCAAGAGAUCUGACCAAGCUGAUGAAUCCACAGUCAGAUCAUGACUGGAGACUUCUGGCGAAGAGAUUGGCAUACACACCUGAUGACAUCAAGGGCUGGGCGACCCAGCACGACCCCUGUAUGGGCCUCCUCAGUGAGUGGUACGCCACCCACAAGACGAUCGAGGCCACCCACGCUGUACUAGUUGCUCUACAGGAGAUAGACAGGAUGGAUGGUGCCGCCAUUGUCGAGAAUGCCAUGAAGGCUGUAGAGGGAGUUGUGGAAGAAGAGGUAGACUACACCACACCUCCACCUAUCUUCCUUAGUUACCAGUGGGGUCAUCAGAACGAGGUCAAGUUACUGCGCAAUCACCUACAAAUGGCCGGGUACGAGUGCUGGAUGGACAUCGGACAAAUGGGAGGCGGGGACAAACUCUUUGAGAAGAUUGACAACGGAAUCCGUGGCGCAAAGAUCAUUAUAUGUUGUGUGUCUGAAAAGUAUUCCAAAUCUCCCAACUGUAACAGAGAGGUGAACCUGUCUGUAAGCUUGGGUAAGCCCAUGAUUCCCCUUCUGAUGGAGAAGAUGGCCUGGCCUCCUAAGGGCUCUAUGGGACCAAUCUUCAGUGAGUAUCUGUUUGUGAGAUUUUUCCAGCGAGGAGGAGAGGAGACUAAAGACCAACGUUUUUGGCCAGCCCCCAAGUUCCAGGAACUGUUGAUGCAGCUAAACAUGUAUAAAGCCAUGCCUGACGAAUCUCUUAUAACAAAAGAGUAUAAGGACUGGUGGAUGCCUGUGGCAGAGGAAAUCGUCAUAACCAAAAAGAAAGAAGAUGGAGGUCAAAGUUCAUCAGGAAAAACAGAAUCAAAACAGGGGGAAGAAGAGCUGUCCCCUGAUGUGUUCCUGUCGUACCAGUGGGGUAAACAGAAACAGAUCAAACAGCUGUACAGGAGGCUGAAUGAGCUUGGAUACAGCUGCUGGAUGGAUAUCUACCAGAUGGGAGGUGGGGACUCGCUGUAUGACAAAAUUGACCGGGGAGUCCGUGGCUGUAAGGUCGUCCUGAGCUGUGUGACCUCCAAGUACGCACUGUCGGCCAACUGUCGUAGGGAGGUGAGUCUGGCUGAUUCUCUCAAGAAGCCAAUGGUUCCUCUCCUCCUGGAGAAGAUAGACUGGCCCCCCACUGGACCUAUGAGUAUGGUCUUCACACAGCUUCUCUUUAUCAAUUUCUACCGUGACGAGGCCCUCCAAAUGUCCUGGAACGGAGAUAAGUUUGAUGAACUCCGUGGUAAGAUACGGGAAUAUAUCCCAGCUUUAUCAAGUGAUGAUCAUCCAACAGCAGUCACAGGUCCAGAAAAGUCGCCAACAAAAUCAAGCAAUGUUGGACAGAAAACACCUAAAGAAGAAGAGAAACCUGCGAAUCAGGCAAAGAAACCAGCAUCACCUCAAAAGGAAACGAAGCCUGCCGAUAAAGCAGAGAAACCGGCAGAAGCUAAAGAAGAACCAAAACCUGCUGAAAAGCCAAAGACGCAGCCAGCACCUAAAGAAGAGUCCAAACCAGCAGAUAAAAAAUCGUCAGCAUGUGUAUUACUCUAACACCUGACAGCUCUAUAGAACAACAUGUGUAGAACAACAUGUUUUCUACUGAACACAACAGUGUUCUUCUGCAGCAACCAAAUAUUUCCUAUAGGAGGAAGCUCAAAGAAGGAAGAUAUUUGGCAUUGCUAUAGAAGAUCUGAAACAAGAAAUCCUGGUGAUGAUCUGUGAUAGAAUGAAUUUUGUCCCUGAAAGAUAUAGAUUAGCCAACAAGUAUUUUAUUUACAAGAAACUUUUUUUUUUUUUUUUUAUUUUAACAGAAAAAGUCCAGUUCUUCACAAAAUAUACAAUAUACCAGCAAAUGGACGCAUACAUUUCUGAUGGUCAACGUGCUUAGAUAAGUAAUACCAUUUCAAAGGGUUGUCAUACAUAACAAAAAUCUCAUAAUUGAAGUGUUUGAAUGUAAAUAUAACAUUGUU